CCCCGUCCCGUCCCGUCCCCGCCCCGGAGAUGGGCUGCGGGGGCUGCCGGGAAAGGAGCGCCGCGCCUCGGCCUUGCCGCGGAGCCGUUGCCGGUGGUGGCUGCACUCGCGCGCUCCUUCCUUCCCCUCAGGGCUCGGAGCUGCCGCCAUGUCGGGAGGCAGCAGCGCCGGGGAGUGGUGCCUCAUGGAGAGCGACCCCGGCGUCUUCACCGAGCUCAUCAAGGGCUUCGGUUGUAGAGGAGCACAAGUUGAAGAAAUAUGGAGCUUGGAGCCAGAAAAUUUUGAAAAACUGAAGCCAGUACACGGGCUCAUUUUCCUAUUCAAGUGGCAGCCUGGAGAGGAACCAGCAGGUUCUGUUGUUCAGGAUUCCAGACUGGAUACAAUAUUUUUUGCUAAACAGGUAAUAAAUAAUGCUUGUGCUACUCAAGCCAUAGUGAGUGUGCUAUUAAAUUGCGCUCAUCAAGAUAUCCAUCUAGGAGAGACUUUGUCAGAAUUUAAAGAAUUUUCACAAAGUUUUGAUGCCGCGAUGAAAGGUUUGGCACUAAGCAACUCAGAAGUGAUUCGGCAAGUUCACAACAGUUUUGCCAGACAACAGAUGUUUGAAUUUGAUGCAAAGUCUUCAGCAAAAGAAGAAGAUGCAUUUCACUUUGUAAGCUAUGUUCCUGUUAAUGGACGGCUAUAUGAACUAGAUGGAUUAAGGGAAGGACCAAUUGAUUUAGGUGCGUGCAAUCAAGAUGACUGGAUAAGUGCUGUACGGCCUGUCAUAGAGAAACGUAUACAAAAAUACAGUGAAGGUGAGAUAAGGUUUAAUUUGAUGGCUAUUGUGUCUGACAGAAAGAUGAUAUAUGAACAGAGAAUUGCAGAAUUACAGCGGCAACUUGCAGAGGAGGAGCCUAUGGAUACAGAUCAAAGUAGUAACAUGUUAAGUUCUAUACAGUCAGAAGUUGCAAAAUACCAGAUGUUAAUUGAAGAAGAAAACCAAAAAUUAAAAAGAUAUAAGAUUGAAAAUAUUAGAAGAAAACAUAACUACUUACCUUUCAUCAUGGAAUUAUUGAAGACUUUAGCAGAACACCAACAGUUAAUACCAUUAGUAGAAAAAGCAAAAGAAAAACAGAAUGCCAAGAAAGUUCAGGAGGCCAAGUGAAGAUGACUGCAAAAUACAUACAAUUAUGUGCUUCUGAAACUAUUUUCAUGACAACAAAUAAAACUUUUCAUAAACUUUAAA